ACGAACGUCAGUCCUGAAAAAGACGCCCAAAUUUUAAAAUAAAAAAAAACCGUCUUUCGGGUCUCCCUUUCCCCUAACUUUUGACUGUACGAUAAUUUGAGCGUCGAGAGCAAUCGAGAGUGGCGAGAGUUUCAGACUUUCAGUGAAUUACAGUUUCGUCGGAGUUUCAUCGAGUGAAACAGGGGAGUGGCGUGUUGCGUGUCACCAAUACAGAAGACUUCAUCGUAUUUUCUACGUCUCAGCCAAAUUCACCAUUUAUUCAUCUCAUCACAAUUUUUCAAUCGAAGACAGUCCCCAGGGAGUGGUGAAAACAGCCAGACAAAACCUGAUGCGACCAUUAACCUUGCGAUGCAUGCAAUUCUGACGUGAAGUGUUUUUUUUUUUUUAAAUAAACUCAAUUGACGAGAGGAUGCCGGUCAAAGUGGAUGUUGUGCCACCACCACCUGCCAAUUCAAAACAACCUGGGGUCACCAAGUCAUUGUUAUACAACGGCUCAAGGUUCCAGGGAUCACAAAAGUCCAAGGGAAAUAGUUACGAUGUCGAGGUGGUUUUGCAGCACGUGGAUGAGGAAAAUAGUUAUCUCUGUGGGUAUUUGAAAAUAAAAGGCCUGACUGAGGAAUUUCCCACGUUAACGACGUUCUUUGAUGGUGAGAUUAUAUCAAAGAAAUAUCCUUUUCUCACUCGUAAAUGGGACGCUGAUGAAGACGUCGAUAAAAAACAUUGGAGCAAAUUUGAAUCGUUCUGCCAAUACGCCAAGACUUUUAAUUCUGAUACCUUUGAUUAUGAAGCACUUAAAGGGACUGAUUUUGUCUUCAUGAGAUGGAAGGAACACUUUUUAGUUCCUGAUCACACUAUAAAGGAUAUCAAUGGGGCAUCCUUUGCCGGAUUCUAUUACAUAUGCUUCGAAAAAUCAGCUGCUUCGAUCGAGGGAUAUUAUUACCAUCGUAGUUCAGAGUGGUAUCAAUCAUUAUAUCUGAGGCACGUACCCGAGCACAGUAUACAAAUAUAUGAGUUCAGGUGAAAUAAAUGCCCUCGGUUCGACCCUCAACAAUGAAUUACCUUCUAUUGCUUUGUGUCUUUUUAAGUGAUGCAAACAGAUCUAAAAUUGAAGCGUACUAAAACAUGACGUAAUAAAUAUAAUUAACACUUAUUUCAAUUUCUGCAAGUGAAAAUAUCGACAAGUCGUGAUAGUUUUGGGGAAAUGAGUGCCUCAAUCCUGGAUGACGAGCGUUUUCGUGGUACCUACAAUUUAUUAAUUGUAAAAAAACAAAUAUUUUAAUCAUUAUUUUUGAAACCUGACGAUUUUAUGUGUAUCAUUGAAUUGUAAAUUUAUUAAAAAAUUGAGUUUAUUUGCUGUAAGCUCAAUGGCAGAUCGAAUGGGAUAGAAUUGUAUUCAUAAUUGUCUUUAUUAGACGUUUGGCAUUAUGAUAUUUCAAAUGUGAGAUCUGUUUGCCUGGGAAUUUCAUUGAAAAGACGAGUGUGAAUGAAAUUGGUGCGCGAAAUGUGUUGGAGAGCUGCUGGGAAAUGAUAAAAAUUUUAAUUGUAGCAAAAAAAAGAAUAAUCUAUAAUCACUGUUAUGUUUUUUUCUUGUAGUUUUCCCAAAUGCUCGGGCGUCGAAAUAAUUUUUUUUAGUUUUGUAUUAUCUCAAUGAUGAAAUUGAAGAUUAACACCAAUUUGCAUAAUAUCAAGUAUUGAAUGCGGUAUAAAAAAUAUUAAUGAAAGCUUCCUAGAUCGUUUUACCACUUUACUAGCAAUUUAUCUUCAUUUUUUCUCCGAAAACAUUUUUUUAGCGUGAACAUAUCGAGUUUAUCACACGACGACGAAGCGAAAAUCGAUGAAUUUGAAGGCAAAAUGUCCCCAUGAUGUUUCAAAAACGAAUCUAUUCAUUUUUUAAAAUCGAAAUAACAAAUCCUCUGUUAGCAAAUAUUUAUGUGCAGAGUAAUAGACGUUGAUUAUUAUCAUUACUUACUGUAAAUGUAUACAUAAUUGUGAAGAUAACGUAAUGAAGACACGCGAUUACUCUACAUUGAGAGAAAAAUGAAAAAGAUGUCAACCAAGUCUUGUUUGGUCCAACAGAAUCGUUUGUUGAAAAUUUAAGAAAAACAAUGUCCCGCUGAAAUUCGAAAAUCUCAAUCAUGAAUAGUUGCUCUGCUUUACAAGAACGAAAUAUAACGAAAGGUUCAAGGGGUGCCUUUUUUGAAUUUCAAAAUACCUUUCACUGUGACAAGUUCAUCAUUUAGUAUUUUGUCCUCAAGUCAUAAGAUUGCUGUCAUAUUUUUAUUAUUUAAAUUUACAAAUUAAUUUUCUGUCUGACUGAAGAAAUAAUUUUUCCAUCAUUUUUAAUAGACGAUUUAGUCGAUACAAGUAAGAUUUGAUUGAUAACUCAAUUUUUUUUCUGAGUGUAGAGUACUUUUGCUUUAUCACGAUGAAUUGGGCCGAUGUCCAAAUUAGGGCUGAGAGAGAUGCGAAAAUGAGAGCAAUUCAAUGUAACUUAGUGAAAACAUGAUAAAAAAUCACAUUUCCCUGCUAAAUAGUAGAGAAGAAUCAAUACAACUUCCUCGGCACAAAAAUUA